AUGAAGCCAGGCUGUGCGGCAGGGUCUCCAGGGAAUGAAUGGAUUUUCUUCAGCACUGAUGAAAGAAACAUUCGCUAUAGGGAAACAAUGUCCAGCGGGGGUCUGCAAAGAUCUGUCAUCCUGUCAACAUUUAUUCUCCUACGAGCUGUUACUGGAUAUUCCGGAGACGGAAGAGCUAUAUGGUCUAACAAGCCCAAUUUUAGCCCCGUAAACGAAAGUCAGCUGUUUCUCUAUGACACUUUUCCUGAAAACUUUUCCUGGGGCGUUGGGACUGGAGCAUUUCAAGUGGAAGGGAACUGGAAGACAGAUGGAAAAGGUCCCUCUAUAUGGGAUCAUUUCACCCAUACACACCUGAAAAAUGUCAACAGCAUGAAUAGCUCCAGUGACAGUUACAUUUUUCUGGAAAAAGACUUACUGGCUCUGGAUUUUAUAGGAGUUUCUUUUUAUCACUUUUCAAUUUCCUGGCCAAGGCUUUUCCCCGAUGGAAUAGUAGCAGCUGCCAACGCAAAAGGUCUCCAGUACUAUAAUACUCUUCUGGACGCUCUAGUGCUUAGAAACAUUGAACCUAUAGUUACUUUAUACCAUUGGGACUUGCCUUUGGCACUACAAGAAAAAUACGGGGGGUGGAAAAAUGAAAUUAUAAUAGAUAUCUUCAAUGACUAUGCUACAUACUGCUUCCAGACGUUUGGGGACCGCGUCAAGUAUUGGAUUACAAUUCACAAUCCAUAUCUAGUUGCUUGGCAUGGGUAUGGGACAGGUAUGCAUGCCCCUGGAGAGAAAGGAAAUUUGGCAGCUGUCUACACUGUGGGACACAACCUGAUCAAGGCUCAUUCGAAAGUUUGGCAUAACUACAACACAAAUUUCCGCCCACAUCAGAAGGGUUGGUUAUCGAUCACAUUGGGAUCCCAUUGGAUUGAACCCAACAGGCCAGAAAACAUGAUGGAUACACUCAAGUGCCAGCAGUCCAUGGUUUCUGUGCUCGGGUGGUUUGCCAACCCUAUCCACGGGGACGGCGACUACCCAGAGCUGAUGAAAAAGCAGUUGCUCUCCAUUCUGCCCCUUUUCUCUGAAGCAGAGAAGAAUGAGGUGAAGGGCACAGCUGACUUCUUUGCCUUUUCCUUUGGGCCCAACAAUUUCAAGCCCCAGAACACCGUGGCUAAAAUGGGACAAAAUGUGUCACUGAAUUUAAGAGAAGUGCUGAACUGGAUUAAGCUGGAGUAUGGCAACCCCCGAGUCUUGAUUACUGAGAAUGGCUGGUUCACGGACAGCCGUGUGGAAACAGAGGAUACCACAGCCAUCUACAUGAUGAAGAAUUUCCUCAACCAAGUUCUUCAAGCAAUAAGGUUUGAUAACAUGCGAGUGUUUGGUUACACAGCCUGGUCUCUCCUGGACGGCUUUGAAUGGCGCGAUGGUUACACCAUUCGCCGAGGAUUAUUUUAUGUGGAUUUUAAGAGUAAACAAAAAGAAAGAAAGCCCAAGUCUUCAGCACAUUACUAUAAACAGAUCAUACAAGAAAAUGGUUUUACUUUAAAAGACUCCACACCAGAUAUGAAGGGCCAGUUCCCCUGUGACUUCUCCUGGGGUGUCACUGAGUCUGUCCUUAAGCCAGAACUGGUGGCUUCCUCCCCACAGUUCACCGAUCCUCACCUGUACGUGUGGAAUGUGACAGGCAACAGACUGUUGCAUCGAGUGGAAGGAGUGAAGCUGAAAACGCGACCACGACAAUGCACAGAUUUUGUCAGCAUCAAAAGACAGCUUGAGAUGUUGGCAAGGAUGAAAGUCACUCAUUACCGGUUUGCUCUGGACUGGCCCUCAAUCCUUCCCACUGGCAACCUAUCCACUGUUAACCGCCAAGCUCUAAGGUACUACAGGUGUGUUGUCAGUGAGGGCCUGAAGCUCAACAUCUCCCCAAUGAUCACAUUGUACUACCCGACCCACACGCACGUUGGCCUCCCCGCGCCGCUGCUGCAGACUGGAGGGUGGCUGAACCCAGCGUUGGCCACAGCCUUCCAGGAUUACGCAGGGCUGUGCUUCCAAGAGCUGGGGGACCUGGUGAAGCUCUGGAUCACCAUCAACGAGCCCAACCGGCUGAGUGACAUCUACAACCACACUAGUAAUGACACCUACAGAGCAGCCCACAACCUGCUGAUUGCCCAUGCCCUGGCCUGGCACCUCUAUGACCGGCAGUACAGGCCGGCACAGCGUGGGGCCGUGUCGCUGGCUCUGCAUGCGGACUGGGCGGAACCCGCCAACCCCUUUGUGGAUUUGCACUGGCAGGCGGCUGAGCGCUUCCUCCAGUUCGAAAUUGCCUGGUUCGCCGAACCCCUCUUCAGGUCCGGGGACUACCCGGUGGCCAUGAGGGAGUACAUCGCCUUCAAGAACAGGCAAGGGCUGUCGCGCUCCACACUGCCUCAGUUCACCGAGGAGGAGAGGAGGCUGGUCCAGGGCACCGCCGACUUCUACGCCCUGAACCACUUCACCACCAGGUUUGUGAUGCACGUGCAACGGGCGGGCAGCCACUACAACGCGGACAGGGACGUCCAGUUUCUGCAAGACAUCACCUGCCUAAGCUCCCCCGGCCGCGUGGCCGUCCUGCCCUGGGGAGAGCGGAAGGUGCUGAGCUGGAUCCGGAGGAACUAUGGAGACCUGGAUGUGUACAUCACGGCCAAUGGCAUUGACGACUCGUCUCCGGAAAACGAUGAACUCCGAAAGUACUACUUAGAGAAAUACAUUCAGGAGGCCAUGAAAGCAUACCUGGUUGAUAAAGUCAAUAUCAAAGGCUAUUAUGCAUUCAAACUGACUGAAGAAAAAUCUAAACCCAGAUUUGGAUUCUUCACAUCCGACUUCAAAGCUAAAUCCUCAAUUCAGCUUUACAAUAAACUGAUUAGCAACAGCGGCUUCCCUUCAGAGGAUAGUCCUAGAUGCAGUCAGACUCAAAGAAACACAGAGUGCACUGUCUGCUUAUUUCUUGUGCAGAAGAAACCACUGAUAUUCUUUGGUUGUUGCUUCUUCUCUACCCUGGUCCUACUUUUAUCAAUCACCGUUUUUCAUACACGAAAGAGAAGAAAACUUUGGAAAGCGAAGAACUUGCAACACAUACCAUUAAAGAAAGGCCACAAGAAUGUUCUUAGCUAAACAGAUCUUAGGUCUGCCUGCCUGAUAUAAAGUUCAGAAAUUCACUCCAGUUCCAUACACUGGUAACUUACAGGAGAUACACCUAUAUUGUAAAAAGAAAUUUUGAGAAAUCAAUGAUAGCCAAGGUGAUGACAAUCGAUGUCUCUGUGUUUCAAAUGAAUUU